CUGACUUUUGAGGUGAAGCUUGAAAGUCGCAGCAACCAAAAAUCCGAUGUGGGUCACUUCGGCUUCCGCCAUCGACACUUCCCAGGAAUCUGUGAACUCGUGCAAGCAAGAACUAGUCUGCUAGGGUCAGAACAUACCGGCAUAAUGGCAACAAGAUCCAGGACGGAUUUAUUUCAGAGGUUUCGCGAUGAAGCCGUGGCUGCACGAAAACUCAGCUCGUGUGGUGACAGCACCUCGAUGACGGUGGACUUUGAUAAUGAUCGGGCAAUCCUUGUUGGAUCUCAGGCAGGUGCUGCUGGCCCUGCUGCCAGUACUAUCACACGGCACGGAGCACACAACCUGCCACCGGAAUGGGUUGAUGGUGUUGAGGAGAUUCAAUUUGAGCUGACGAAGAUCAAACAACGGGUGGCCGACUUGCAAACCCUGCAUCGGCAGCACCUCGACCGACCAACGCUUGACGACGACGGCGAUGGUGAACAGGAGAUUGACAUCCUGACGAGGGAAAUCACUAGCAUGUUUCACCGCAGUCACAAGUCCAUCCAGCAAAUCGGCAAACGCAGCCAGAUGUCCAGCAGCCAGGAGAAGAAGGUGACGAAGAACGUCAUGUCCUCCAUGGCACUGUCGCUCCAGGAGAUGUCCGUCAACUUCCGCUCGACGCAGUCCGCCUACCUGAAACGCUUGAAGAACCGUGAGGAGCGUGAGCAACAGAUCUUUUCUGGUGGCAUGUCCAGUGCCAUGUUCCAGGAGGAAGUCGUACCGGAGGAUGAGGUCUAUGAUAAGGCAUUCACAACAUCACAACUGGGUACGCUGGAGGACAACUCAGCCAUGGUGGAGGAGAGAGAACGUGAGAUCACCUCCAUCGUGCAGUCCAUAGGCGACCUGAAUGAGAUCUUCAGAGAUUUGGCCACUAUGAUUGCAGAGCAGGGCACUGUCCUUGAUCGUAUCGACUACAACAUAGAACUAGCGGCGGUGAAGAUCGAGGACGGUCACAAGCAGCUUGUCAAGGCUGAGAAGCACCAGAAGUCGAGUCGCAAGAUGCUCUGCAUCUUAGUGUUAGCUGUGAUCGUCAUUGGUGCUGGACUUGCCUACAUCGGCCUGAAGGCAUCCAAAACUUGAACACUGUCCACUGGACACAUGAUGAAUCUCUCUCUCUCUCUCUCUCUCUCUCUCUACCAGUUCCAGUCUCGUGCCCACGCUAACUUUGUGCAAAUACCUUGAUGUUGAGACUAUUCCAUAUCAUGAACUGGACGUUGACUUCCUCCCUGUUCCCUAUCCCAUGUCCAC